AAAACCCCAUACAUCACUAUCAGCAAUAACCCUGACCGACUUAAUCUAGCGAUAAGUCAGCUCGAGCAACAAAACCACUUUCUCUCAGUCACAAAAGCAGUCGCACAUUGGAGCGCCAUGGAGGUGGAAGAACUGAUCAGCAACUCCAAAGUGCUAAGAAAUUGGCCAAGUUUUAUCAUCGGUUUGGGCCUGAUUUGGAUUCUUAAAAAUGUGUUCUACAAAUGGAGUCGAGGGCCCCAGAGAUAUACACUGGAGAACCGAGAGGAAGAGGAGGAGGAUCUGAUAGAUCUGGAAGACCUGGAGGAUGAACUGCAGCCUGCUCUGGAGGAGAAACCCCAUGUGCCAUUCGUGCCUGGCCAGAAUCUCAAUCCAAAUGGGGCGGAACGCUUCUAUGAACUUAUGGGAGGACGUCGUAGCAUUCGCUCCUUCAAAAGCCAUCCCAAACCAGAUCUCUCCAUAAUAGAGGACUGCAUCCGGGCAGCAGGAACUGCUCCCAGUGGUGCCCAUACUGAACCCUGGACAUAUUGCGUCAUAGAAAAACCGGAAGUCAAACAAUCUAUCAGAGAAAUUGUGGAGCAGGAGGAGCUAAUCAACUAUAGCCAGCGGAUGCAUAAACAGUGGGUCACAGAUCUUCGACCACUGCAAACCAAUCAUAUCAAGGAGUAUCUCACAGAUGCCCCGUAUCUCAUCCUGAUCUUCAAGCAAAUCUAUGGAUUUUCGGAGGACGGAAGGCGGAAGAGGCACUACUACAAUGAGAUAUCCACUUCGAUUUCGGCUGGGAUCCUUUUGGGUGCUCUCCAAGCCGCAGGACUUUCUUCCCUGGUCACAACUCCUUUGAACUGCGGUCCUGCCUUGCGAUCCUUGCUGAACCGUCCAAUAAAUGAGAAACUUCUUAUCCUUUUGCCAGUGGGUUAUCCAAAAGACGGCUGCACAGUUCCGGAUUUGAGGAGAAAAAGUUUGUCGGAGAUUCUAGUUACAUUUUAAGGUUUAAUUGUGUUCUAACAAAUUAUUAAUUUACAAAGCAGCUCAAUAAAUACAAACCCAACAAGGUAA